CGUGAAGAUGAGUUCAACAAGCAGAGCUAUUGUAGCAGCCAGCAUAGGAGUAGUGGAGGCCAUGAAAGACCAGAUGGGCAUAUGCAGGUGGAAUUAUAUUUUAAGAUCCUCUCAGCAAAAUACAAGGAACCAUCUCCGAUCGUCGUCUCAGGCCAAGAGCCUCUCCUCUUCAACUUCUGCAGUGGUUUCAAGCAAAGCAAGAGAGGAGCAAAUGAAGAAAUCAGAAGAGUCGUUGAGAAAAGUAAUGUACUUGAGCUGUUGGGGUCCCAAUUGAGGCUUGGUAAUCUUAAGACUGAAGGAAGUGACUGCACGAGUACGAGACAGCGAGUUCUCGGAGAAUCUAUACGGUACACUUUGUACAUGGCAUCCAUGGCGGUGGCCGGAAAUAUAAGGCCGAGCUGGUAGUCGCUGAGAGAAAUUGUAGACUGAAUCUACCGUUUGGUUGAUGCGAAAUUAUUUAAAUUGUGAACUCAUGUAAUUGGCAAAUACUCUAAAAAUAUCGUAUGUACAGUUUUGAAAA